GGGUGCGUACGUAACGUGCGUGCGUGAGAGCAGCCGCAGCAGCCGCGCGCGGACGGUUCGCUCUCGCCCGUUAGCGCCUGUGCCGCCGUCGCCGCUGCCGUCGCCGCUGCCGCCGCCUCGUGCCCCUCCGCGCCUCGCGCCCCGUUCGCCACCGCCAUGUCCCGCUACCUGCGCCCGCCCAACACGUCCCUGUUCGUGAGGAAUGUGGCCGACGACACCAGGUGUGUGUCUGAAGACUUGCGCCGGGAAUUUGGUCGUUAUGGUCCCAUAGUUGAUGUGUAUGUGCCACUUGAUUUCUACACUCGUCGUCCAAGAGGAUUUGCUUACGUUCAAUUUGAAGAUGUUCGUGAUGCUGAAGAUGCUCUGCAUAAUUUGGACCGAAAAUGGAUUUGUGGACGUCAAAUAGAAAUCCAGUUUGCACAAGGGGAUCGCAAAACACCAAAUCAAAUGAAAGCCAAGGAAGGGAGAAAUGUAUACAGCUCCUCUCGCUACGAUGACUAUGACAGAUAUAGGCGAUCCAGAAGCCGAAGUUAUGAAAGGAGGAGGUCUAGGAGUCGUUCUUUUGAUUACAACUACAGAAGAUCUUAUAGUCCUAGAAACAGUAGACCUACUGGAAGACCACGCCGUAGCAGAAGCCAUUCAGACAAUGAUAGAUUCAAACACCGAAACCGGUCUUUUUCGAGGUCUAAAUCCAAUUCAAGAUCACGAUCCAAGUCCCAGCCCAAGAAAGAAAUGAAGGCUAAAUCACGUUCUAGGUCUGCAUCUCACACCAAAACUAGAGGCACUUCUAAAACAGAUUCCAAAACACAUUAUAAGUCAGGCUCAAGAUACGAAAAGGAAUCAAGGAAAAAAGAACCAGCCAGAUCCAAAUCCCAGUCAAGAUCACAGUCUAGGUCUAGGUCAAAAUCUAGAUCGAGGUCCUGGACUAGUCCAAAGUCCAGUGGCCACUAAGCAUAACCAUAAUGUUUUUAGGCAUGUAUCAUUCAUUUACUCUUAGUUCAGUUUACUAAAUUAUCAGGAAUACAAUGUUGCAACAGUGCUUUUUAAAAAAAAGACAAAAAAAAUCCCCCAAAACUUUUACUUUUGUCAGUUUUCCCUGUAGCAGGCAAUGGUUAUUAUAAUUAAAAUGAUAUACUGUUGAGAAGCCACUCUUAAGAGUCCAGUUUGUUAAAUGUCAUGGGCAGCUACCAAUUUGAUUGUGGUGUCUCUGUAUAUUUUUGUAAAGAUUCUCUUUUUUUAUGCUUGAAAUAUUGGUAAAAAGUUGUUAGUUGACCAUAAUUUGCAACAUUGUCCUAUUAGAAAUAAAGUUCAUAUCCAUGAAGCAAAAAUGGUUAUCAAUUUGACAGAACAUCUGUUUAAGUUAGAAAGUUAGGUUGUUCCUUAAAACAUAACAAAAUGGAAAACUAGCCACAGUAGAACACUGACUACUCUGGCAUUUCAGGUUUACAGUGGACCUUGGGGGGAGGGGAGGGUUUGAGACUUCUGUGGCUAUAACAUUCAUUGGUACAUGGAGCAGUGUGGUGUUAAGGUUUUCUUGUCAGCUGAACCAUCUCAGGUAGAUGGUACCCACAGAAGAGGAGAUAGUUGGGGAGUCUUCAGGGAGAUUGAGUAAUUAGUCUUUUGGACUAGAGCAGAGACUACUUUUUCCUGGUUUCUGAAUAUUUUGAAAAAUGAAAACAUCUGUAAUGUUAGCUAAAAUUUGAGGUCAUGAUAGUAGCAGAAAUAUUUUUAGGAAAAAUGUGUGCAGUUUUUGUAGCUAUUCUGAAUUUUAGAGAGCUGUUAACCAUAAUAUUGCUUAGUUUUCUUACUACUGUUAGAGGCAAGUAAAUUGUUUCAAAGUAGGUUUGGGGUGUGUGUAUGUGUGUGUGUGUACGUAUGUAAGUAUGUGUGCAUAGUGUUUUAAGAACUCAAUUUUGAUGCCAAUGACGUUCGGUUGUUGUGUUCAUUUGUAUCCGAAUCUGCCCACCUCUUCCUGAGGGAGGCUUCUUCUUUAUACUUCACUUUAGUGAGGCAAGUUUCACUGAUAAUACCCCUAAGAUCGAAUGUUAUUUUGUUGCCAUAAAAUGGAAACUAAUUAGAGGCAAAGGAGGCUUUAGAGUUAAACAAAAGCUGCAUUCUCCAGGUUUUUCGUUGAUCUUACAUGCAGUACUCAGCUAUAAACAAAUGUGAACACGGUACCAGACCGUUAUGUGAUUUCAAGUAUUUCUCGGAAAGGCGAGUAGUUUUGUUUGCAAACAAAUGUGGCUUUUGACAUGGUCCAGCCUCAUUUCAGUACAACCUUGGAUUGCUUGUUAAAUAUAAGCAUAAGAGAUGUUGGUGGGGAAAAGUCCUUUUGGAGACCUACUGUAUUCUGUCUUGGUUUUAGUUAUCUAGGCCAGUCCUGGGGAAAAAAAAAAAGAUGGUUUUAAAAUAUGUUUAUGGAACAUACUUAAGGAAUUGAUUCUAGAGCCUUUGUAUAUUUGAUAGUCUUUCUAACUUUUAUUUCUUUACUGUUUGCAGUUAAUGUUCAUGUUCUGCUAUGCAAUCAUUUAUAUGCACGUUUCUUUAAUUUUGUAGACUUUCCUGGAUGUAUAGUUUCAAAACAACGAAAAGACUAUUUAAAACUGUAGCAAUAGCUGGCAGUUCUAGCAAAGAGGAAAGUUGUGGGGUUAAACUUUGUAUUUGCUUUCUUAUAGAAGCUUCUAAAAAGGUAUUUUUAUAUGUUCUUUUUAACAAAUAUUGUGUACAACCUUUAAAAACAUCAAUGUUUGGAUCAAAACAAAAAGACCCAGCUUAUUUUCUGCUUGCUGUAAAUUAAGCAAACAAUGCUAUAAUAAAAACAAAAUGAAGGACAUCAUGACCAACUGGAAUUAUUACAGUUUUAAGCCAUGAUUCUGUAAUAGAAGCUUCUUUUUAAAAAUCAUACCAUGGUGAAAUGGGCUUGGUAAUGAGUGUCUGUUAACCAUAGCUCCUUUUGAUUUUGAAUGUGACAGACUAAAAAGGAUACAUCUCUUGAUUGGUACCUUGACAUUACCUUAAGCAACAGUGUAUUUCAUAGUUAUUACAUGAAUACACAUUGUCUUCUCAAACCACUUUGUUGUCACCUAUUAGAUCUGGAAGGGAACCGAAAACCAAGCUAGUGAAGUGACUCCUUUUAGAGAAAAGGAAACUGAGGCCCUGAAAAAUGAUUGCACAGAGUCACACAGCUAAGUAGGUGAUAGAGCUGGACAAGAGAAGGUAUGGCCUUUUAUAAAAGUCCAUCGUGCCUUCUACUCUCCCACCUAUCCUGCUUCUCAUUCACCAUGGCUUCAUUAUUUUAACAAGACUGUGUUCUCCCAUUGUCAGACAUACCCUUCUCAUAAAAGUAGAGCAAACCUCAUUGAAAGUAAGUCUUGAUCCUUAUCCCUUUCAAAUUCACCAGCCUUACUGGCCCUCUCUGCCCUGGAACUUGGCCUUGGAAUGUCCAUCACAAAUGAUUUUUCCCUUUGUGGUCCUUCUAGUAAACUAUGAGAUAAUGGGUUAGAAUGGCUGGGCCCUCCCUUUUAGAACAUCUGGCUUUCUUCCCAAAUAAUGAGUAUCUUUAAUUUUUUUACAAAGAUGCAUCGAAAGAAACAUCUGGGUGCUUUGAUUAUAAUUGAACUCAUAGUUGUUGUGAGUCAGGGCUAUUACUUCAGCUUAUUAUUUCCUAGAAUUGUAAACACUCCUUUGGUGUUGCCUGUUCAACAGUUGAACGAUUAGUGAUAUUUAUAUGUAUGUCUUUGAAGGGAAUCGCACUUGGUAGUGAUUAAGUACUAAAUUCUAUAGUACAACCAAAAAAAGGAUUUGGUUUCCUCUUAUCUGAGGCCAUAUGUCUUCAUCUGGGAUCCCCUGAAACCCUUAUUUUAUCCAUACAUUCCAUUGUUAUGUGCUUCCCUCUUAAGUAUAGCUCCACCCACACUCCUGAAGACAAAGGCAAAACACAGAAGUAGUUAGAAUGUUAGUCAUUUAAAAGUUGGUUAAAUUCCAUUUUAAGUUAGGAAUCCUAUGUUGCUUGAGUUUUCCUGUCACUUCAUUAUAUAGAAAGUGGUAGUGGCAGUGGGAUCUUUGGCUUUGAAUAGUUUUCUUGCUUUAUUAAAGCUAAAAUAAAGAAUAAUGAUUUUGGAGAGUUAGCCUUAGCCACUUAAAAUUUUCAACCAGAAGAGAUAAUUUAAUAGUCGCAAUCUUUUACAGAAUUAAGACUCCUUAAUGUCAAGAAAAAAUUUACAGCAUUCCACUUGAUAGCAAUUGUACUUGGAAUCUGUUAAUGGAGAAAAUAUGUCAACCUACAGCUACUAUGAAUACAAGUAAUUUGUAUCUUAUUAAUCAAUGCAUCUGUAUAAUCAGGAAAAUGGUGGUGCACUUGUGUUAGAAGGUUUGGUAUGUUUUGAAAAUUUCUAAGUCGCAGGGUUAGAUGAAAAAAAAAACCAAAGUCUCCAAGCCAAAGAAAAUAGGUUUAUUGAGAGAGGGAUCCUGUCUCACAAUAAAGCCAGCCUCAGGUCUAGGACUUAAAGACCCCAAGUCUCAGGGUCCACAGAUAUUUCUACACAAUAACUCUUCUCACAAAUUAAACAGAACCCAACUGGUACAUGUAACAAUAAGUAUGAAAUAGAAAGAAUGAAACCAUUAGUCUUUCAUCAGCCAAGUUGUAAACCCGUUGAUUUCAUUUUUCCAUGUAAGAUAAUGUCUCCUUGGUUGCUGACCAUGAAGGUGGAAACCACUAGUUUUGAACCAGAUGAUUGCAAGAAUAGAUGAGUGUCAGUUAGACGGUUUCUUAGACCUGAUGGCAAUAUAGCAUUUGAAUUUGCUCUACUAGUAUCUGUCUUCCUUCAUUAUUUGCUUAAGCUACUAAAGAAUACCUAAACAUGUUAAAUUGCAGUUUGUAGUCUAUAAACUGAUUAUUAUCAUAGUUAAAUCACAUAUCUAAGGGGUGGGGGAAAAUCUCACAGGUGUAUAAAAAGUCCUUUGUUUAUUGCGUGGGGUUACGAUAAUCAAGAUCAAAUAUGUUUCCAUGCCUCACAACUUUGGAACCGCUGAUGUAAGGAAGGUUUUUCAUUUUUAUAGAGGGGGAAACUGAGGCCCGGUUAAGUUAGAUUGUGGUAUAACUGUUGUUGGGGGCCAUGUAUCAUCCUGGUUCCCAGGCCAGCGUUCUGUCCACUGUCUUCAUGAGAAUUUUUGAGGUUUUUGGUUUUGUUUAACUGAAAAGCUUUGUAGCUUAUAAAAUUUAGAAGAAAACUCUAUAGCUAAGUAUCAACAAAAAAAGCUUCAUUCUUAUGGGUCAAUAAAAUUGAUUUUAUUAAUGACUCAGAUAUAUAGGUCCCUAGUUAAAAAUGAAUUCGGGUGCUUUCCUCACAGCAACAACAAAAUAGUAAUAUGAGAAAUAAGGUUCAGAUGCGAUCAGUUUUUCAAACCAUAUACUGGCAAAUGUGAAUUUCUGUGUCUCUAAACAAACAAAAAAAAAUUAACCCAGAAUAGUCUAAUUUCCUGUGCUCCUUAGUCGGUUUCAGCAGCAGUGCAAUUUUUAUCUAUUCCCCUCUUAAUAUACAGGAUUUAUUGCAUAGAAGAAGGGCUGAAGGCCUAGGGCUUUGUACUGUCUCUCUCGGUGGUGGGAUGAACACAACUUAACUAUGAAUCCUGUUUCUCCUUCCAUUUUUAUAGGCUAUAAGGCUGGAAGAAACUUUAGAUAUCUCAGUGUCACUUAUUUUACAUAUGUUAAAAACAGGUUUGAAUUAUAUAUCCAAGACCACAGAAUAAAGAAGACAUUUGGGGUUCAGAUUUUGGUUCUCUGAUUCCAAAAUUCCAUGUAUAUGAUUACACUGUCUCCUAGGGUUUCUUUAAUACCCUUCCAAAUAAAUGUCAAAAAUAAUAGUGCACUGCUUUUCUCUAGACAAGACAGUACCGGUGAGAAAACAAAUCCAGAAGGAAAAAGAUUUUGUCACAUAAGAGGUGGAUCCAGUGAAAUUGAAGUUUCUAUACAUUUAGAUUGAUCAUCUUCUAAUUGUGUUAAAAGUUUUAAGGGUGGAGAUUGCAUACUCUUUGUGAGUAGAUUGGUUUAAUUAAUAAUCAAUACAAUUUCUUCAUUCAGUACUUCAGAAAAAUCAAUGGAUGGUACUAACUCUUUAACUCUAGGUAUUUUAGAAGUGUUUUUCCUUAGUACAACCCUAGAUAGAUAAUGUAAAUAUCCUUUUUUUAUAAAUGGGGAAACUAAAGCUCUGACAGGUAAGUAAUUUAGCCAUGGACACAGCUUAUGUCGGGAGGUAGAAUUUUACUUGUCUGCCUGACUCCCAAGACCAGCAUUUUUCACUGUCCCGUGGCUAUCCAUAGAGCUGUAUUGUGAAUAAAUUCUGGUUCCUGUGUCAAAAUAGGGGUCAAGGAGUGUUGCAGUGCGGAGAAUAAUCCAUCCCAGUUGAAUGUAGUGCAACUUCUGGGAAGAAAGUGUAGAAGAAACCAGAGGGUGCUGAGGGCAGGAGCAAAUCUAAACUGGGUGACCUCUGAGAAAGCAGAGCAUCAAAAGGUGUACGACUGGAAUGAGACUGACCAUUGUGGAACAGCCCUUCCACAUUUAAAGGGACAAAGGUCCCUUUGUGGUACACUUAUACUAGGCAAACUUUCAAAAGAAAAAAAGGCAGCAAACAAAAGAGAGUGAGCCUGGGACAAGGCCUGAAACCCAAAGGCACUAGAAAUAGAAAGGUGGACUAGUGAGGAAUUGGAUACAUAAUGCUCAGGUGUUGGCAUCUAAUCCAAAGUCCAGUCACCCUGUCCUAGUUACAGCUUUGCACCUUUUGUGAGCUAACCUCACUGAAAAAAUCUGUAUAACUUUAAAAUUUACAAAGCACUUGCCACACAACAACUCUGUGC